AUGUGGGUCAAAAGCUUACGUCAAUGGCGAACGGCUAGGGGCUUUGCAUCUGUGCCUGGCCCCAGGCCGCCGGCUGCACCCAAGGCAAAGAAGGCAUCGAGAUUUGGGAGGCCACCCACCCGGCCUCCAAUAGUCCACCCGAGUCAAGCACCAAUCCCUGCGGCUUGGAUCGAGAAACCCACGCCCGUUAAACUGGCAAUCAAGGUUCCGGUGGCCGUCAAGCCGCCGGAGCCCCUUAGGCUUAUCCCAUCCAAGGAAGAUAUCAUGAAGUCCAUGAAAAUCGUAGAGGUCAAGAGAAAGGCCAUCAAGAAAAAGCGAGCUCGAAGAAUAGCAGCUUACCAAGCCCAAAAGGCUGUGUAUAACGUCAACUCUUGGUCUACUGUUUAUGAGUACUUUCGGCAAAAUAGGAUCCGAAACAGAAUCCAACAAUCAUUGCGCCAACUCAGUCUUUCCCGAUUCAACCCUCCAAAACCGCGGGAAAAAAAACCCAAAGAAAAACGGGUUCGACCUGUGGGAAGUUUAAUCGGCGAUGGCGAUAUGCCUGAUAGCGGUGAGAUCUCCGAGGAAACGAAGCUCCGGCGGAAAGUCUGGCUCUGGAAAGACAUCCCCGGCGCAACCCCUGAUGCAAACCAGGCAAAGGGCUCGUCUAAGCCAUUCCGGUCCAUAUACUUUGAAAGUCUUCGCCCGGCAUCGAUGAUGGUCAGAAACACUGGCAAGUAUGACGUUGUCAGUAGUUACAACUAUUGUGACCCAACUAAUGAGAAAGCUUUCACGAUACGAGUGCCUGGUUGUGCUCCAAUAUACCAUGAAGUCCCUAUGCCACUCAAUGUUGCCCUUGAUCAGGGAGAUACAGGGCAGCCCGUAAUUGUAGGUACGGAAGGAGCCACAAAGUUCUUUGAAAGAUUAUUUCUCGCUGCCCAGGUUCUGAAACAAGGCACCACCUUCGAUGAUGUGGACAUAGUCGCGACUCGAAGCGUCCUUCUCCAGUUGCUCUCUUACUGCCAGGGUCAUCUACUAAAGUCCACUCGCUUUAAUCUUCAAAUGGUAAACGGCACACUUUUCAUUUUGCGCCCACAACGCGACACACGGGCUGUCAUAAAAACGUCAAGCUACGGGCUGAAUUUUGAAAAAGCCGUAACGAAGCUGCCGCCUGAGCUCGAGGACACUGAUGGCCAUGUGCGCGCUUUGCGGUACCGGCUCGGAAACCUGAACUGCGUUGUGCAGAACCAGGUCGAUGCCGCAUACGGUGUUGACAUGUAUGAUGUUCCUAGGGCAACUUAUAAGGAAGUCGUCAAAAUGCCAGACUUGGUUGUGGAAACUGCUGGCGAGGGUUGCAAGACGCUGCCGCCUUCUACCGCUGCGGAAAUCAAGACGAAGAGAGCGAAAGAUAAAUACGGGAAAGUAGAGUCGGAUGAAGUAAUUUCGCAAACCUGGUUCGGCCGAGCACACCAUCUCAUCAUUGCCAGACACGAGCGUGGUAGAUUCACUCAGCCACGCUGGUUUGACGCGAUGAAGGAGGGCGCGGAAUGGGAGCUGGAAAACCAAACUGCUCUCCGAAAGCUAGUGACGCUACUCAAGGAGUGCCGGACAGCAGUCCUGAGGAACAACGGCAGAAACUGUGCCGCAGUGGUGGGAUACGCUGCGAGAAAGCUUGACGUCUACGACACGACAGAGCAGAGCAAGCCAUUGUCGGAUGGGUUGAUUCAAAAGUCAUGGAUGGGCUCUCCCGAGAGCAGAAAGCAGAUAAAACGCCGGGAGAGAAAAGUGGCGGUUAAAUCAGAAGCAGCAGCAGCAGCGAAACAGGAAGAAUCGACGGCUGAUCUGAAGAGGCCAUUGGAGAAGAAGAGGCCGGCUAUCCUGAGGAAGAAAAGGUCGAGAGCACGCGGAAACAGGAGAUCAAGUCGGUUGAGGGCGUCGAAGCCCAAACAGGUCGAGACAUCGACAGAGCCCAAGGGCGACAAGCCAAAAGCCGUCCAAGGAAAAGUGUCAAGCGCUCCAGGAGACAAUAAGAGUACUCAAACUCUGACGAAUCAUGGGCAACAACCGGUAGUUUCCAACGAGGCGGAGUUGACCCGCAAAAAAGAGAGUUCGAAGACUCGUGCAGGCAAACAGGAAACGGCUAAAACAGACGGGAAAACAGCCUCUCAGACAGGCAAGGAUUCAGCACAGCUUUCAGACACAAAAGCCAUGACAAGCAAGAAAGAGUCGAACGGGAAGCAACAGGAUAAGACAACGGACAAGAAGCCACUCAGCGGCAAGGACAAGAACUGGGUGAAUCAGACGAACAAAGAAUCAGAAUCUCGGAAAUCUAAAGAUCAGACACGCGAACAUGGGGCGUCCACGGUUCUGCAAAAGACGAAACCAAGCACUCACAAGGAGGGAUCAUCAAAUACUCCCAAGACGCGAGGACCUACUAGCUUUCCCAAAGAUGGAGCAAAGGGAGAUUCUCAGAAAACAGGACAAACAGUUCGCUUUGUUGGAGGACCGUCGAAUGAGAGACAGAUUCAGAACCAAGAACGCCAUAGAAAGCAGAAGACCAAGAUGGAGACGGAGAAACAGUCAAAGGAAGCCGAAACAAGCGCCGCCCCCAAGACCAAUUCGAGUUGGGGAUACAACGCUUCCAACAUUCCACAGCUUACUCCCAAACGUUAA